GCUGCGAGCCAUCCGAGAAUGGGAGUACCACGAUGCUGGGAAGGAGACUUGGUACGACCCUGAUUACGAUGAGAUUUGUACAUUGGAGAAGCUGCCCAAAGAUCGGCUGCCUCCACUGCACCGACCGUUCAUCGGCAUGAAGCUCGACCCUGGAGAGUACAUCUGCAGAGGCGGAGACUAUGACGACAAGCUU